UAUUCGAACCAUCAGACAUUGCAUCUUGUCAGUCAUUACAUCUUGUCAGUCAUUACAUCUUGUCAGCACCCAACCAUCAGUAAUUACAUCUUGCUAUGUCCAACCACCAGUCAUUACAUCUUGUUAGUCGAACCAUCAGACAUUACAUCUUGUCAGUCAUUACAUCUUGUAAUUCAUUACAUCUUGUUCGUCAUUAUAUCUUGUAAUUCAUUACAUCUUGUUAGUUCUACCAUCAGUCAUUACAUCUUGUUAGUGUCCAACCAUCAGUCAUUACAUCUUGUUAGUAUCCAACCAUCAGUCAUUACAUCUUGUAAUUAA